GAAUCUGUUCAGUGCAGCGGCAGCAUCAACGCGAGCGGUUGGUAGGAAGAGACGACUCCCUAGCUCCAAGGUCGAACAUAUUUGGCUCGGAUUUUGAGAAGAAAUAUGAUAAGCUUACAGCCAUUAGAAUUUUUACUUUUUGUGCUACUUUUUCGAACGGUGAGCUCAUCUCAACAUAAUCCACAACAGUGUGGAAUACCCAAGAUCGACGGUAACGAGUUGAUAGUACAUGGACAGGCUACCUCACCUGGCGACUGGCCAUGGCAUGUUGCGCUUUACCACCGCAAAGGACGAUCUGUUGAGUACGCGUGUGGAGGAACUAUUAUCAACGAUCAGUACGUCCUGACAGCAGCGCAUUGCGUUAUGAAUAUCGCAAAUGGAUUUCAGCUGGCGCCGAACCGGAUAUUUGUGCGGAUGGGAAUUCACGAUUUGGAAUCAUUCGAUCCGAAGUCGGCACAACAACAUGAAGUAGGGAAAAUUCACAAAUUCGAAAACUUCACCCGACUGAUUGAUGACAUUGCGUUACUCGAACUGAGUACGAUUAUCCGAUUCAAUCCUUACGUUCAACCGGCUUGUGUUAAUCUGGAACCAAAUAUAACAGGAGAGCUAGGAACCGUUGUUGGUUGGGGACUAACGGAGGAUGAUGUGACAUCAGUUACCUUGAAACAAGCUGAAAUGCCGGUUAUUGAUCCUCUAACGUGUCUGAGAAGUGAUCGCGUUCUGUUUGGGCAAACUUUAAACGAAGGACUAUUCUGCGCGGGCUACACUAACGGAACAAGUGUGUGCAACGGCGACAGUGGUGGAGGAUUAUUCUUUAGAAGGGCCAACACAUGGUUUUUGGGAGGAAUUGUGUCCUUCUCUCAGACUCGAUCUGGAGGUACGAAUUACUGUUAUACGAAGGGUUACGGAGCCUUCACACAGGUUCAGAAAUACCUCUCCUGGAUGAGAGAAAUCACAAAGAUGCCACUCGUGUCUGAUAGUGAUGUGCGUGUUUGUAAACCGGAGGUUCCCGAUCCAGCAAAGACAUAUCCCAAUUAUUUACCUAGACAAUGCGGAGUGUAUAUUCCCAAUCGCAUCUUAGGAGGACAAAACGCACGCGUAUUUGAAUUCCCUUGGAUGGUUAUAUUACAAACCGACGAAAAGAAUUUUCUUUGUUCAGGAACUUUGAUCAAUAAGCGUUACAUCCUUACGGCUGCUCAAUGUAUAAAGAAUGAUCUACCGACGAAAGCGAUUUUAGGAGAACAUACCAUUGAGCAAGAUACGGAUUGCAAUGGAACCGAGGACUGUGCUCCACCAGUACGACAGUAUAAAAUUGAGUGUGUCAUAACGCAUCCGGAUUACUCGUGGCGAAGCAAACAAAACGAUAUUGCGUUGAUUCGUUUAAGUGAAGAUGUUUCUUGCGAUGACCAUGUUCACCCGAUUUGCUUGCCGUACACAGAAGAACUCAGACGCUAUGAACCCUCGCGCUACAUCGUCACAGGAUGGGGCAUUACAGAUCCAGCAAACCCAGAAAUCUCGAACAUACUUCAAAAGGCAACCAUUUUCCCAGUAAAUCUCACCGGAUGCCAGGAUUGGUUGAAAAAUCUUUCAAAUGCUUUAGUUUUGCAUGACGGACAAUUAUGCGCAGCUGGAAGAGAGCCGAAUUUAUCUGACACCUGUGCCGGAGAUAGUGGGGCACCGUUGGGGUACGGUGCAAAGCUCUUUGGAACACGCUUCGUUCAGUUCGGUAUCGUUUCAUAUGGAGUGUCGUGUGGUACAGAAGCUCCCGCUGUUUAUACAAAUAUUUCUUAUCAUAUGGACUGGAUUUUUGCGAAUAUGAAACCAUGAGUAAAGUAAAUCCAUAGCGAUUCAUGCAUGCUUCUUCUUAAUUAACGUUUGAAUAGUUAUUUGGCGAUUAACGUGUCCGGAAUACAAAUGCAUGAGUUCAGUUACACCAGCUACUUGAAACGAAUUCUGCCAAAACAUCUUAUCUCUUCGUAUUCGUAACACUGAUUUGAGGGCUGUGUUUAUUAUAAAAAAUGCAUUUUAAAAUCCGCGCUUGUACUGUAUUGCACAGAUACACUUGCCUUUCAAAUGUGGAUGUGGAUGCAUAGCUUCAAACAAAGAAAUUCUAUUGUCUGCCUGCACGCAGAAAAAUUUUACAUAUUUGAAUCAAGAUAUGUGUUAUCAAAUCCAAUCAUUUAUUGUCCAUAACCUUUAACAACAAAAUUACCGGCCU